AGCCAAUAUAUCGACAACGUGGCAGUUUCGGAUCGCGACGGCAUAUUUUAGUGUUUGAAGUACUCGGCGAUGCGUUGGCGAGCGAUGGCCCUCUUCGCGCUGCUCGCGUACGAAGAGACUUCCAAAAUUCACUGCAAAUUCAGCCCACGAAGGAUCAUAAAAAGCCUCUUCGCGCCUGA